AUGGAUCAUUUAGAUCCAUAUGCAUAUUAUAGCCUUGUGCUAACAAUAUCUGCAUGGGACUCAAAGCAGGUGGUCAAUGUAGACUCUCGUGUUAUCAUUGGCAACAUCACUAUAUUCGAUCAGCAAACGGGAAAGAGCAUAAAGAUAUCGGACCUACAAGGUUAUGCGUUGUUUAGACCACUCAUAACAACAUCUACAAAUAACAACAAUAGUAACACAUCAUCAUCGUCAACAAUCAAUCAUGGUGGUGUUGUAUCAAAGAAGGAGAUCAGGCUCUCAAACGAUCAGACCAUUCAGACUUAUAGUAUAAAGAGUGGCACUCAGUUGGAGCUGAGACAGGUCGAUAUGCAGGCCAACAACAAUAACAACAACUAUCACCAUCCAAGAUGGUACUACAAGACAAUCGUACCUUCGAACCAAUUGGAGUCACUACUACUUCUAAAGGACAACAACAACAACAACAACAACAACACACCUGCUACAACAUCACCAUCAUCAGUAUUAUCAUCACCGACACCGUCACCAUCAACAUCAUCAUCUCAUUUCAGUAACAGCAAUUGUAUUGGAGGACAUGCACUGCUCGGAGGUGAGGACCAAUCUACCACACCUGUCUCCAACUCGUGGCAAGCACCAUCCACUCGAGGUGUGAUCGACAUCAUCGACAAUAUCAAGUCAAACAAGUUGGUCACCAUUGAAUCACCAAAGAAGCCAUCGUCUGCCCUUGCCUGGCAACAACAACAGCAAACCAAGCUGAGACAUUCAUCAUCGUCCUCAUCACCAUCACCACUUACAACAUCCCCACACAACAAACGAGUACUGGAUGUUAUCGAAUGCAUAGAGAGUCAGCUACCAAUGAUCAAGAUGCUAGAUAAUGUAUCACCAUCUGUGGAUGAUGCCGACCGGUGGGAGGCACGCAUCAACUCGUCCGAUGAUCUCUCCACAAAGAGACUGGCAAUGGAUGACUCGCUGGGACAAGAGGCCGUCAAGCAAGAGUACAUUGAAUUCUCCUUGCGCUUUGAGCAACGUACCUCUCUCUUGUUGGGCGUCAGCAACUUCCUGUCAGUGUGGAUCGAGCCAAUCCAAUCAUUCUUCACACUCUGUUUCAGCCGUAAUGCCACCGUUCACGAUGCCAUCUACUUUGUUGUACAAUACAUCUACCCUACUUGCAGACGCGUACAGUCCUCUGGUGAGGGUGCUUCACUCAUCACCAGCAAUGACCCACAACAGGAAUCCUUUGUCAACAUGGUCGAUGGCUUUGGACUAUACCUUCAAGAGUCAGACACAAUGCUACUGCCCCUUCAACACAAACAGUUGUUGACCAGUUGCAAGGUCAACAAUCACAACAGUGGCAAUAGCAGGAACAUAGAGUCCGUCUUUAUAUUCAAGGCCAAGAAGCAGCAACAACAACAGAGACCAAGGGCCAGAAAGCAGCUCUCUACAUCAGGCAUCUUUUCGUUGGAUGAGGACGAGCUUGUGAGUCCUUCAGAGCAGGAGCACUGUCAAGAUGAGGGCUACAACUUGACGGUGCUAUUCCCCUCACACCAGACCUAUCGUCAGUUCCACUUCAAUCCCAACCGCACAGUCAAUCAAAUCAUCCAGUCCAUAGUCAGUGCCACAUCAACACACAAUCAACAACAGCAGCCACCCGACCUGAUGCGAUCUGGAUCAUUCGAUAUUACCUCGACCUCUCCAACCCAAACAUCCAGCACACCUUCGAACCGUCUGUCACGUGCCAUGCCACCUCUGACACCAGAGCAGAGCAGCAUAUCCUUCUUUAGCGAGCGUGGACAUACCAUAUUCGAGAGCGCACACGAAGCAGGCCACUUUUGUCUCUACUAUCAAAAGUGUGGAUCAGGAGUUUGGAUGGAAGGACAUCGUACCUUGGCAUCGUACAAUCUUCCCAACGAGGCAGUUGUUGAGUUUAAACCACCUCCAAUGGUUUGUAAACUCGCAUUGAUUGAGGGUUGCAGGAACACGAUAAAGCUGUAUCACAACAUGCAGACCUUCAUCGUUGUCUAUGGCAACUACACAAAGAUCGCUGAUCUCAAGCAUCUAUUGGCCGAGCACUGUCAAGAGGAGGACGCUGACAACAACGAACAAUCAAAUGCUACGUUUGAGUUGUUUUUAGUCAAGAGCGGUGUAUCAAUAUCACUUAGUAAUGUUGAGUCUUUCCAUCAUCUCGACAUUGAGACCAAUGAUAUACUGGAGUACAAGUUGUCAGUCAGCCAAACACCAAUCAUCAAGGACAUAUUGAUGGACAUAUCUGGUGGUAAAUCACCAACACUCAUACCAGGUGAACAUAUCAUUCUCAAGAGAAAUGGUGAUCGAUUGGUGAUGGGUCAGCUCAAGAAGGGUACUUUGUUCCUUACCAACUACCGUCUGAUAUUCAACGCAUACAACAGGUCGUCCUACGACGACUUUGGUACGAAGGAUGAUUGCGACAUCCCAAUCGCUACCAUUCAACGCAUUAAGCACAUCAGCAACAGCAUGCAAACUGAGAUCACUUGCAAGGACUUCCGCGUUUGCUCAUUCACCACUGGUGAUCCAGUCAUAUGGGAGGGUAUCAAGGACUACCUGGAGAGCAGCGACAUUGACAAGGUAUUUGCUUUUGCCAAUGCCGAGUCAUAUGAUCCCUCAAUGGAUAUAGCAUACAACGUGGAAGAGGAGUUUAUUCGUCAAGGAUUCCCUCCAAAGGAGUGGAGGAUCACCUAUGCCAAUAAGGACUAUAAGUUGUGUCCAACCUAUCCAUCACUGUUCAUUGUACCACAAUCAGUCACAGACGACGAUCUGAGGAAGAUUGCCUCGUUCAGGGAGAAGGGGCGUGUGCCUGCCAUAUGUUGGAUUCACAAGAUACACCAAUCCACCAUAUCUAGGUGCAGCCAGCCGCGAGUGGGUAUAUUCAAGUCCAAGUGUAACGAGGACGAAGAAUAUCUCAAGGUAAUCACAAAGUCCAACACCAACUCCAAGAUACUCUACGUCAUGGAUUCUCGGCCAAUGGCAAACGCCAAGGCCAACACACUUCUGGGCAAAGGCCACGAAGACACAAGCCUUUACCAAAACGUUGAGCUGCAGUUCUUGGGCAUUGGCAACAUUCAUGUGAUGAGAGACAGUUACAAGAAGAUGUACGCACUUAUACAGGCGAAUGACAGUUCAAACUGGCUCUCACUCCUCGAUGGCACUCAGUGGUUGGAGCACAUCUUCCAGUUGAUCAACUCAGCAAACAGGGUCGUAGAGUUGGUUGAUAAGAAGGGUGCAUCGAUUCUCACUCACUGCAGUGAUGGUUGGGACAGAACUAGCCAACUUGUGGCACUCUCACAGCUUCUCCUUGAUCCAUACUAUAGAACUCUCCAAGGAUUCCAAGUACUCAUUGAAAAGGAGUGGCUCAGCUAUGGACAUCAGUUCACACACCGAUGUGCACACGUCUAUCAUUCCAAUGGAGAGGAGGAGUUCUCUCCAAUCUUUAUCAUGUUUGUCGAUUCCGUCUGGCAAUUGACAAACCUCUUCCCUACUACAUUCCAGUUCAACGAAAGCUUCUUGAUAACACUAUUGGAAGCAUUGUACAACUGUAAAUAUGGAACAUUCUUGUUCAACCAUCAGAAGGAGCGAGUGUACAAGACCAUCAGAAAUGGUGCCAUCGUUUCAAUAUGGGCAUAUGUCAACAGCAACAAGGAGCAGUUCACAAACUCAUUCUACAUCCAGGACCACAAACCAAUAUUCCACCAAUUCGCCCAGUACGACAUCCAGUUCUGGAGCAACUACUAUUUCAGGUGGAGAGAUAACUUUAGGCAGCGAUCAGUCAUUGACAAUGCACUGUUGGCCAGGAUCGAGGAGAUAAAGAAGGGCAACAACAAUAAACCUGUGUUGUAA